AUGGAUGUUGAGCUACUGCAGCAGAAGAGACCAAUCGCCGUGAGCCAUGGCUUGUACUCGGACUUCGAUUACCCUGUUUGUGUGCGUUCUCAUUUCGAAAUGUUCGCCCUCUCUGGGUUCAUCCAUAAGUUAAGCUAUUUCGAACAAUAUCCAGAGGGGUCAAAAGGGCGAGGCCGGCGGCAUUCUUUGAGGGCAUUCAUUGAAGUGGAGCUCAAACAGGUGGCCAGCCUUCGCAUCACUGGUUAUUUGGCUCAUGGUUUUGAAGACCCUCGGGUGUCUGGACUCUUCGACAUUCUCUACGCGGCAAAUGCAUGUUUCAUUGUUGGGACAAAGAAAGAUGAUCGAAAGACGCAACAAGCAAUCAGCGUCCACUUCCUGCUGUGA